AUGGCAGUUGCAUACAUGCUGCCGGUGUUGUUCUCAGCAGUUUUUGUUGGUGGAUUUAUACUGUUGGUCAUGGCUGCAAUUAAUUUCGAUUUAUCCAACUCAGAAAUUCCUCCUGGAGUGACUCAUCCUGUAAAGCUCCGAAUCAUUCACAUCACUUCGAUAGCCACAGCUGUGGUGGGAAGGAUUUUGGAAAACAUUGGCAUCUGCAGUCAGAUUGGCUUUGUCCGGUACCUGCAAGGCUGGACUCUCGGAGCAGACCCAAAGCUCUUCAUCAAGGAUCUGUGGUUUGAGAAAGUGCCUGUAAGGAUUUACCAGCCCAAGGUUCCAUCUGCCAGCCGAAGGAAAGGAGUUAUGUUUUUCCAUGGAGGAGGAUGGGUGCUUGGAAGUUUUGAGACCCACAAAAAGCUAUGCUGCUAUAUUGCCAGAGAGAGUGAAUCGGUGGUGAUAGCUGUUGGGUACCGUCUGGCUCCUGAACACAAGUACCCUGCUGCGUAUGAAGACUGUCUUAAUGCUACCAUACACUUCAUGAGAAACACAGAACACUACGCUGUGGAUCCUGCCAAUGUAAUUAUCUGUGGGGACAGUGCUGGGGGAAAUCUGGCAGCUGCUGUUACCCAGACUCUUGCAGGCAGAUCAGACCUCCCCAGACUACGUGCUCAGAUCUUGAUCUAUCCAGGCCUUCAGGCACUGGACUUCAAUUUGCCAUCCUAUCAGCAGAACCCAAGAGUCCCUCUCUUAUCCCGAGAACGUGCUGCCUUCUUUGCUUUGCAGUACCUAAACGGGCAUGCAGCAAAUAUGGAAGAGGUCUUGUCAGGGGCCCACAUUCCUAUAGACAUUAAAUUAAAAUAUAGCAAAUGGGUGAGCCCAGAUAACAUACCUGAAAAAUUUAAAGUCAGAGGCUACAAGCCACAUGUCCUACUGGACUGUACAACUGAAGUUUAUGAGAGAGUGAAAAGGUUCUGCGAGCCCAGCCUGUGCCCACUGCUGGCUGAAGAUGCUGUUGUCCAGCAGCUGCCCCAGUCUUUCAUCUUGACCUGUGAGUACGACGUGCUGAGGGAUGAUGGCCUGCUUUACAAGAAGAGACUGGAGGACAACGGUGUCCAGGUGACCUGGUGCCACCUUGAGGAUGGAUUCCAUGGGAUCAUAACUAUGUUUAAUAAUGUCUGGUUAUCAUUUCCAGGUGGAACCAGAGGCCUUGACAAUAUUGUGAACUUUCUAAAAAGCCUAUAAAAACAAUGUUCUUUCCUUCUGCAGGCACUGCCAAUUUUCUAUGGUCUUCUAUGCUAAAUUCCAUACAAGAGGUUUAAAAAGGGCAAUUUGGUAAUGAGCAAUUAUGCCAACCUACCCACUAAAGAAUAUCAAGAGUGCUUUGCAAGUUUUCAUUUAGUGCUGCUUGAAGAAUCCUGUGUGCAGUCUGCCUCUCUUCAUAUCUAUCUGGACUGGGCACUUGCUCCUCUCUCAGUAAAUAUUAAAGACGCAGGAAAAAUGUAAAGCAA